CAACAACACACACGAGGAUAGGGUGUGUCAUUUUGUUAAAAGAUUUUAUAAUGAAAACAUAAACUGUCAGUUUAAAAAAUCACAGGACUAAUUCUAUAAAUUAUGUAACUGUCAAGGGACUGGUUUUGUAAUUUCCGAUCAGAGAGAUUGAAGAUAUCAGAAGCCAGAAAGAAAGAAGAUGUCUACAUAUCACAUUCAACGAAAUUUCACAGGAACGCGUCCCACAGUCGGAGGAUAAGAAGACGCAAGAUCUAUCGUUGACUUUGUUCCUUCUUAUAGUAGGUCACCUGCGUCUGUCGAAUUGGGGAUUGAAACCCGAAAAAAACCCUAAAAUCAGCGAAAGUUUUGAAGUAAUUGAGCGAUGAGGAGAGUGUUCGGCGUUAAGAAAGACAAGGAACCGCCUCCUUCCCUUAAUGAUGCCUCUGAUCGGAUCAAUAAAAGAGGUGAAACAGUGGAUGAGAAGAUCAAAAGACUUGAUGGGGAACUUGCUCGAUACAAGGAACAGAUCAAAAAGACCAGACCAGGUCCCGCUCAAGAAGCUGUUAAGGCUCGAGCAAUGAGAGUUCUUAAACAAAAAAGAAUGUAUGAAGGACAACGUGACAUGUUGUACAAUCAAACAUUCAACCUGGAUCAAGUUGCAUUUGCUUCAGAAGGAAUUAAAGAUGCUCAACAAACAAUGACAGCUUUGAAAUCAGCAAACAAAGAGCUGAAAGGAAUGAUGAAGACUGUGAAGAUUCAAGACAUUGAUAAUUUGCAAGAUGAAAUGAUGGACAUGAUGGAUAUAAGCAAUGAGAUACAAGAAUCUCUUGGUAGAAGUUACAGUGUGCCAGAUGAUAUUGAUGAAGAUGAUCUCAUGGGUGAACUUGAUGCUUUGGAGGCAGACAUGGGUCAAGAAACUGAAGGUGAAGGGGUACCUUCAUAUCUUCAACCUGAUAAUGAGCCUGAUCUGAAUGAAGAACUUAAUCUGCCUUCAGCUCCAAGUGGACAUGCAGUGCCAGCUGGCAGAGUUAACAAUCAGGCUGUGGAUGAAUUUGGUUUUCCUGCUGUCCCUCAUGCAUCUCUUCGUAGUUAAGAGGUUUAUUUUUUCAGAUGGCUUAGGGUCAGUAUUGUCUUUUUACCUCUCUUAACAAUAGUGUGCAUAAUUUGAACAUGAUACUUGCUGUCACUUCUUGGGGAUGUAUAUGAUUUGUUGGCACUUUUUAAGUGAUUGAUGCUUUAUUCAUGUAGAUGCCUUUGGUUGAAGUUUUGCAUUUGGUUUUUGGUUUAAAAUUUAUGUUUUAUAAAAUCGUGUUUCUAAACUUUUAUGUUUCUUAUAUUACGUUUUUUUUAAUAUUUCUUAUGUUGGAAAAUGGGAGAAAUUCGUUAUUCUUUCUCUAUUGUUUUGUACAAUAAUUUAAACCGUAAAGUUGUUGGAGUAUUUAAUAAAUUGGUGAACUAGUCUUUGAAGGAUAUUUGGGUUGAG